CCGUCUUCGCUCGCGACGUUUGCUUUAGUUCCGCUUAGCAACCGGCGCGCGAGACAAGCUGGCUUAGCAACGCGAGCCAUGGCGGAGCAGCAGAAAGAGUCGAAGCGGACCAGGCGGGUUUUUGUGAACAGUAUCGACUCGUACUCGUCUAAACACAUCGCUCAGUAUCUGUCCACCUGCGCUGCUGGAGGAGACUCCUCUGAAGAAGCGCGUGGAGCAGGAGAGAGCUUUCAGCUUGUAGGGACUGUGAUCAGUGAGGAGAAGAAGAAGGGGAGGAGGAGGAGGAGCUGUGCUCUGGAGGAAUACUCGGACUUGAAGCGAACUGAGCUGCUAAAUCACCUGAUGGAUUGUGAUGUUAUUGUGUAUAAUAUCUCAGAAGAUGCUGAAGCUGUUGAUGAAGCGACAUGGUCUGUUUCAGCCCUCCACAGUGAAAUGGAACACUUUACAUCUCCCAAGAUGUUCAUUCUGGUGUCAACGUUGAUGACCUGGGCGAAGACUAAACCGGCUGAUCCUGAUAAUCCUGAAAUUCCGCUGAAGGAAGAAGACUACACAAGGAGGAAACCACAUCCAAACUUCAUAGAACACGCUAAUGUAGAGAAGCUCGUCCUGAAGUUGGGGAAAACGGACAAGACUAAGCUGCGCACGUAUGUUAUCGGAGCCGGGAUGCAGUAUGGCAUGGAAGAAGGCAUCUUGCACUUCUUUUUUAAGGCAUGUUGGCUUGGGGAGUUAAGCAUCAUCCCUGUACCGGAGCCAAGCACUAAUGUCAUUCCUACCAUCCAUAUUAAUGAUCUGGCUGGCAUAGUGCAAAACCUCAUCAAUCACAAACCUAAACUGCACUACUUAAUCGCUGUGGACGACUCUCAUCAUUCUUUGGAAGAAAUUGUAAAGGCCAUUGCUUCUGUUCUGGGUCCUGAAGAGGUUCAGAAAGUCCCUAAUGACAGUGUGGACCUCACACAGGAGCUUACGAGGGCUGAGCUAGCUCAUCUAAGUAUAAACCUCCUCAUUGAGACGACUUUGGUGAAGAGGAAGCUCAACGUGAAUUGGGUGUGUGAAUCUGGACUUGUUAACAACAUCGACCGUGUGGUGGAGGAGUACAGACAAACCAGGUGUCUUUUACCGAUCAGGAUUUGUCUCCUUGGCCCACCGGCCGUCGGGAAAAGUUCAGUCGCAGCGAGACUGUGUAACCAUUACAAACUCCACUAUGUUGGUAUCAAAGAAACAGUUGGAGAGAAAAUCAAACAUUUGAAAAAAAUGCUUAAACAGAGUGAAGAGAGACAUGACUCCGAGGAAACUUUACAGGCGACGCAGAAACACAUCAACAUUCUGAAGGACGUUCUUACCCAGAAUCAAGGUCAGUUUGAAGACCAGAAUGUUUUGCACAUCAUCAGAGAAAAGCUUCACUCAAAGUCUUGUAGAAAUCAGGGGUUUGUUUUGGACGGCUACCCCUGUACACACGAGCAAGCCAACCGACUUUUCAGCGAUGAGGAGAAGGAACAGGGGAACACCAGAUCGCAUUUACUGCCACAUGAUGAAAAGAUAAUACCAGAGUUUGUCUUUUCACUCGACGCCUCUGACGAGUUUCUAAAAGAGCGAGCCCGGAACCUCCCGCAGUCCGUAGCAGAGGAGAUGCGCUACACCCAGGACGAGUUUCUGCAGCGACUGGUCUUGUUCAGGGAGGCAAACUCGGAGGAAGCGACAGUGCUCGACUAUUUCGAUGAGCUGGAGGUCCAUCCUGAACACAUCGUCAUCAAUAGUGUGAAUGAUGCUGAAAACGAAGCUGUGAUUAAGACAAUAAUCGAGGUGGUGGGAGGGGCGAGGAACUACGGCCCCACACCCGAGGAACAGGAGGAACUGGACAGGAAAGAAGCUGCCGAGUUGCGACGGCGCCUCACGCUGGAAGCAGCCGAGCGUGCACUCAGAGAGGCAGAGGAGGAGACCAGGAUGACUGCUCUGCUGGAGGAAUGGGACAGGAACAAGAUGACGGUGAAAAAGCAGGAGGAUGAGUUACUGGAGGCACGCGCACUGCCGCUGAGACACUACCUGAUGAAACACGUUAUGCCGACUCUCAGAGACGGGCUUGUGGCGUGUUGCCAGGUGAAGCCUGAGGAUCCUGUCGAUUUCCUGUCUGAAUAUCUUCUAAGAAACAACACUGACUAGUCUGCCUUGGCUGUGAGAAGUAUAACUGGUGGUGUGAAGUAGAAUACAGUAAAAUGGUGUAAACCAGUUACAUUAUGGACCAACAGUAACUCAGCUGGCAGUAUGGAUCAAUGUGACGCAAAUAACACGUCCAAAUAGACAGCAGGAUACAAAAUAACAGCCAACUGUUGUUUUUACUCUUUCCAUUGCUCCCGACAAGGGGUCGCCACAGUGGACCAUCAACCCACACAACAACAUAUAUGGCACAGCCAUAUGCCCUUCUGACGUAAUCCUUCCAUUUUUAUCCAUGCAGUGGCUUGGUAGUGUGGGGUGUGGCGGCAGCCCAUCGAUGGCAGGGCUCCAACCCUGUUUUUUGUACUACACGUCAUAUAUAAGAAACUUGAAUAUAAAAACAAAUUGUAACAGUUAGACAUUCUGAAAAAACGCAGUUCCUUGAUUACUUGCACUUGUUUUCAGGCCAGUCUUGCCAGCAGAGAUAUAUCGGAUGGGUUGCGGUACUACUGCAUCACGUGAAAGCGACCAGUACGGCGUCUACGAACAUGCCGUUGUGGAUUGUAUUACCGGGUUGUUUUUGUUGGUGGUCCUUUGGCGGCAACAGCAGACCAUCUGCAGUAAAAUUAGAUAGAUGUUUAAAGAAAUUAUCCAUUCUGUCUUUCAGGAAGUAAGUACGAAUGAGUAAAACGAGUGUUUAACUUAUAGUACUUAUUUUGGAGUAUACACUGCACAGCCAAAAUAAAGUCACUGCCUGGAUUUAACAAAGCAAACUGGCCUUCCAUUGGAUCGUUCCUGCAGUGAUUAAUACAUCACCUGAUUGAUCAUGCAGCUGCAGAUGCACCACUCAAGUCACAGGCAUCACAUACAUCACAGUGAUCUUACAUUACUCUGUGUCCUCUUGAAGUGGACUGGGGGAGUUGUUUCCCAAAGCAUUUCUUCGAAGUUAUAAAGCCAGCAGACCAAGAGUGGAUUUUACAGCAUCUGUAUGGAAGUAUCAGGCAGUUAAGGCAUGAGUGGCCGCAGAACUGGUUUCAUCCCAUGUAAACCCACAGUAUCCCCUCCUAAUCCACAUCUACUUCAGACGGCACAUGCGUCUGUGGGCUCCAGCCGGAGGAAUUCCUGUACACACAGUGCAGUAUAAAGAUGCUGUAGCCCGUGUCCUGGAUACGUUUGUGCGUGGUGGCUCUUGAAGCACUGACUCCAGCUGCAGUCCACUCCUUGUGAAUCUAAUUAGCUGAUUAGAGUGUGACGCCAUGAGUCUACAGUAUUUAACUUUUUCGCAAUAUUCUAAUUUUCUGAGAUACUGAAUUUUUGGUUUUUGUUAGCUGUAAGUCAUAAUUAUAAUAAAU